CCUCUUUCUAGAAGAGCACCAGCUUCAACGGGAAGCGAGCUUCAGAGUUCGUUGUUCGUCCUGUGUCUCCUUGAAUCUCAGCGAUUGCAGAUUGUCUUUCCAAUUCAGUCGCACAGUGUGUCGCCUGAUGCGAGAGCGACGGUUACAUGGCGACGAUGCAAUGUUCAGCGGCGCUACUACUAGUAACCGUCUGGGCUGAGAACGAUUUUAUAGAAAGACGUGCGACCGUUUUGCGAGAUUGCAACGAUUAUGCAGCUAUUAUAGCCAUUUGUAGCUUCGGACUAGUCUAGUAUCUUCCCGAUAGUCCCGGCCUCGUCCGUCAUCAUGACCGGGAGGUACCUCCUAUGAAAUUAUUCUCCCUCUAACAACCACGUCGUCGCACUGUCGGCAAUAUCGAGAAUUCUCUGGUCCUCUGAGAAAUUAUGCUCCCCCUAACACCCCAUGUAGUAUAGUCCAGCCAUAGCAUCGUCUAAUAUGGCUAGGGGGUACCUCCAACCACGUGGUCGCGCUGUCGGCAAUAUCAAGGCGUCUCUGCUCUUCUCAUGGAUCAUUCUCCUCCUCACACCCCAUCCGGAGCGUUCUAACCGUCCCCUGCACUUUACUGUACUUUCCGGUAGCGGAAACGGGUUCAUUCUUAGCGGAGCAUCGCAUGCCGCGUCCGGCAUCGACAGCGCCAAGCCUAGGCGAACGCGGGUGCUGCGACCAGACUCCGCUCCGCGGCUCCCCUUGCGCGCACAGCCCGCAGGUUCUACCGCUCCCGGGGCUCCGCAAAUGCUCGCUCCGCUGCUCCGCUUCCGCCCACAGCCCGCGGAAUCAGUGGAACCGGGCAGCACCAGGAGGACGCGGUGGCGGAAAGACAGGCGCGAACAAGCGCAGUAUGAGGAGCAGAAAGAUAAGCGGGACGAGCGGGACGAGCGGGAGCAGCGGGAGCAGCGGGAGCGGACCGGAGCGGCGGCGGCGCUAGAAGUACAGCUACAAGGAUCGUCCAUGGAGGUUCUACCGUUGGACGACCUCAUUCGAGCGCCAAGAGGCGCGCAGCAGCUGCAGUGGCAGCAAGCGCAGCAAAGGCAGGCUGCUGACGUGGCAUCUUCGCCAGGAAUGUGUCCGGAUUUCCAGCCGUGGUCGUUCUUCGCGCCUAACCCCCCCUCGCCGCACAUCCACGCGUGCUCCUGGCGGCCCAUGUCAGACGGCAAUACGUCUACUGUUACCGUUGCAGUCAGCAAGCGCGGUAACAGCGCUGGAACUGACUCCAGCGGCGACAGCAAUGCGGUUCUGACCGGACUGUCUGAAUUCAUGCGGCGGUUUCUGGCGGACAGGGAGAGUGGAGCGCACGGCAGCAGCAGCCGCGCAGUGCAGCAGGACUGCCGGCACUGGAAGUGGCUGUGGCCGCGCCCCCUGGUGACACGUGGCGAGCUGUGUUUGGACGAGGACGAGGUGCGGGGAUUCGUCAUAGAGAGCAUGCAGAAGGAGCAGAUGCAGCAGGCGCAGGCGCUUUUGAAGGAUAAGAAACGAAGGCUGGGGAUUCAGGGGCUGCAGGGGCAGGAGGGGAGUAUGGAGGAGGUUUUAGAACCAGAUCCUGGGGAGGUCUUUAAGCGCACCCAGGAGGCGAUUAACUCCAUCUUGGCGGCGCGGCAGGAGCGGGUAGUGAGUAGUAGCAGCGGGGGGCAAGAGGAGGAGGAGGAGGAGGAAGGGAUGGGCGUGAUAGGGCAAGGCGGGGUGGUGAUGCUGAGAGACGUGUUUGUGGACGGCAGAGGCGCCGUGUUCAAUGCGACCCAUGUGUUGGCGCUGCAUGGGGCGUGCACGAGGGGAGGCGGCAGGAAGAGACAGCAAGCAGCAGUGCAGAGAGUGAAGAAGUCCAUCCAGUAUCCCCCAGGCACCCCUGUAAGCCUGCACGAGCACCUCGUGAACCUGCUGCCAUACGAGCAGGAGGAGGACGGGGAGGAGGAGAGUAUGAACCCGGAGGCAGCAGCCAGUGGCAGUGUGCAGGGGGGCGAGUGGGUGGCACAGGCACGCUUGCACAGCGCCAGGGAGCGGCUGCUGGUGCGCCUGCUGCCCGCGCUCUUCCUGCUCUCCUCGUCCCUCAUGCCCGCUGCACGGCACUUCCCCAUCCUGCUGCGACACCGCCACCUGCUGGCGCAUCUCAGCUCGGAUUUCUUCGGUGUUGAUCUCGCCUCUCUCUCUAUCCACCACCCCUCAGCCUUCCUUCACGACAGCAGCAGCAGCAGCAGCAGCAGUGGCUACGGCUCUUAUGAUACUCCAGCCAGUGAUCCUGACCCCACCACCAGCACCAUGCCGCCCCACCUCUUCUUCGCCCGAACUCUCUUCCUCCCCAUCCACUCCCCUAGCCUCUGCGGCCUCGCAGCAUCACCCUCCACCGCACUCCACUCCUCCCCACCGCUCGCCCCCGACGCCCGGGGGCUCUCCCCAGCCCCCGACGCCGUGUGGCUGGCCCUGCGAGGCCUCCACCUGCUGCCACCGCAAGGCCUUCCCAUCCUCUCCCCCGACUGGACCCCCCGAAUCCCGGCCUCCCUGCAAGACGGCUCGCCUGAACUUUCACCUGACGGCUCACCUGAAGUUUCACCUGGUGUUUCCCCUCACCUGGUGGUGGGGCAGUCGCUGCCGGAGGACUGGGUGGUGGUGGUGUCGGUGGUGUGGAGCGCCCAUGUGAUGGAGGGGGGGGGCGGGGGGGAGGGUGUGCGGGAGACGGAGGCAGCCCUGCAUGUGAUUAUAGCGAUGCUCAAGGAGCUGUUCUCAGACUCACGAGUGAUGGUGUAUGACGAGCACUUGCCUCUGCACCAAGCCAGGGCGUUGUUCUCAAGGGCCAUUCUUCUGGUGGGCCCCACAUCGCCCGCCCUCUCCCACCUCCUCUUCAUGCCCUUCAACGCCACCCUCAUCGAACUCAUCCCCUACCCCGUCACCCGCCCCCUCCCCUCCCUCCCCCUCUCCCUCUCCCUCCUCCAACCAAACCUCAAGAAAGCACCACCUGAUCCGUCCCCGGCCGCCGGCCAACCGAGCGCCGCCACUUGGCACAGCCAGCUGGCGGAGCGGCUCGGGAUUCGGCACUAUCUGAGCGUGUGCGACCUCUCAUGGCUGGACAAGAGCACGGGGGAGCAGUGCCAUGUGGACGAGGUGUAUGCUACAGUGCUCGCUACACUGCGCAGGAACCCGGCACUCCUUGCACUCACAGGCAUCCCCCCCAUCUCCUUCCCACCUGACACAUUCCUUCUAGAUACCAACACCACCACCAGCACCAGCCCCAGCAGCUGCUGCAGCAGCAGCAGCAGCGGUGCCAGCUUUAGUUUCCUGUAUGCUGAUAUCAGCAGUAGUUUCGUGGAUUUCCGGGAUUUUAUCCCGGGGUCGAGGCUGCAGAAGGGGGCGGGCCAGGUGGUGGAGUUUCGGCGGUGGGCGGCGUGCGUGGCAGAGAGGGGGGAGUGGCGCUUCAACGCCACCCCGCGGCUGCUGCCCUGGAUGGAGAGGGGCUUUGACAACUGCGACCUCUACCAUGUCAGGGAAAACGGAGGCUUGGCCGGAGCUCCUGCCGACGCUGUCGCUUUGGAUCGGGAACUGAGUCGGGAGGAGAGGGAGAAGGCCUGGAAGGUGAGAGACGUGCUCAAGUACCAGUGGGUCGUGCCCGCUGACAGGUGUCCGCGGGUGGUUGGUGCAAAGCCAGGGGCGCUGGCGCAAGCUGUUCCGGGGUCGGAGGUGCCAGGGCCAGAUGAGCUGUUUUCGCGGUUUGACGGGCGGGCACUGUGUGAGCUGGCUGGGAGGAGGAGAGACGGGCUGAGUGUCGCUUUCAUCGGGGACUCGCUGACCCGGGAGGCGCACAUCUCCUUUGUGCACAGCAUUGUAACGCACAUGCCGAAGCCGUCGAGUGUGAUAACCAGAGAGGACGGGGCUGUAUGGGUGGGGCAGCUGUCCCGAACGAAAAGCCAUUAUUACACCCGAGCCUCAUACCGAUUUGAUGAGGCGGGGUGCCCGAACCUGCAAGUGCAUUACGUUGCGAACCGGCGGCUGGUGAUGGUUGGGGAGGAGAAGCGGGAGCGGGUGAAAUGGAUUAGUACGCCUUGGAUGGAAAGCUCAGAGGUAAGGGGAGCGCAUGUGGUGGUGCUGAAUAGAGGGGCUCACUUCAAGCCUACGGACCAUGUGGUGCUUUCGGUGUCUCGCGCGCUGCAAUUUCUCCGGUACAAUUACCCCGAGAAGCUGCUUGUUUACCGGGCUACGGCCCCGGGUCACCUCAACUGCAAGGAUGCCGCUGGGCCCAUCUCAAAGCGGCAAAAUGCGAGUGAUUUACCCUACCAUUGGGGAGAAUUCAAGGCACAAAACGAGGCGGUAAGGCCGAUAGUGGAAGGCAUGGGGGGCGUGUUUAUGGAUGUGGAUCCCUUGAGUGCCUUGAGGCCCGAUGGGCAUCGAGGGUUUGUUGAAAAGAUGGAUUGCUUGCAUUAUUGCUUGCCGGGACCGGAAGACGCAUGGUCUGAGUUCCUGUAUAAUAUUAUACAAAGGCUUGUUCCUGUAUAAUAUUAUACAAAGGCUUGUUCCUGUAUAAUAUUAUACAGAGGCUUGUUCCUGUAAAGUAGGCUUUGUAUAAUGUGGUGCAUGCUUGUAUAAUAAGGUG